CGCUUUAUGUUUCCAACUGAGCCGGUGUCUGUCGAAGGCAACGCACCGAAAGCGCUCUUUUUCAACGCGAAUUCUACUCACAAGUGUUUACAAAAACACUGCCGGUGGAGUAGUGUUUUCAUUCUACUUUUCACCGCCUUUCCUGUGGAUAAUACGUCGUGUUUCCUUACCUUCCUUCUCCGAGUCGAUCGAUGUGUGGAUUCUUACCGCAUUUCUGUGCCUGCAACGUGGACUUUAAGCCCUGACUCGAGCCGCGCGUGUCGGAAUAUAAACAAACCGCAGAAGAAGAAGGGAUUUAAUUUUUAUUCACUAAAGAAAGACAAGAGGAAUGCUGCUGUCCAAGCUGAAUUCUCUGGCUCACAUCUCCACCGUGGACAUGCCGGCGAAGCUCCAGGUUCAUCCAGUCAAAGAGAAGGAGCCCUUUGAGAAGCUGUACCAGGUCGGCGCGGUGCUGGGCAGCGGCGGGUUCGGCACCGUCUACUCCGGUACGAGGAUAGCCGACGGAGCUCCGGUCGCUGUCAAACAUGUAGCCAAGGACAGAGUCUCUGAGUGGGGAGAGCUGCCCAACGGCUCCAGGGUUCCCAUGGAGAUUGUGCUCCUGAAGAAAGUCAGCACGGGCUUCCGUGGCGUGAUCAAAAUGCUGGACUGGUUCGAGCGUCCCGACAGCUUCAUCGUCGUGAUGGAGAGGCCAGAGCAUGUCAAGGACCUGUUUGACUUCAUCACGGAGAGGGGGGCCCUGCCCGAGGAGCUGGCGCGCAGCUUCUUCCGCCAGGUGCUUGAGGCCGUGCGGCACUGCCACAGCUGUGGUGUGGUGCACCGGGACAUCAAGGACGAGAACAUCCUCAUCGACCUGCGCACGGGCGAGAUGAAGCUCAUCGACUUUGGCUCCGGCGCGCUGCUGAAGGACACCAUCUACACAGACUUUGACGGUACCAGAGUGUACAGCCCGCCAGAGUGGAUCAAAUACCACCGCUACCACGGCCGCUCCGCCACCGUGUGGUCUCUGGGCGUCCUGCUGUACGACAUGGUGUGCGGGGACAUCCCGUUCGAACACGACGAGGAGAUCAUUAAAGGGCAGGUCCUCUUCCGGAGGAGAAUCUCCACAGAGUGCCAACAGCUCAUAAAGUGGUGUCUGUCUCUGCGGCCGGCCGACCGUCCGUCCUUCGAGGACAUCAUCAACCACACGUGGAUGCAGAGCGUGUCCUCCUCCGUUGUUCCGUCCAUGGCGACGCAGACGGAGAAGGCGGGCACGGAGAUCAGGCUGCACAGCAUCGUCCACGAGUCCGCAGUGCCGGUGGUGGCCCGGUGAUGGACAAAAAGUGGUUCCCCCCGUGGGUUGAACUGAACUGGACUGUGCCGCUGACCACGAGAGACUCAUCGCAGAGAGACUCGUGCGACAGACUCGAUGCAGAACGCACAGAGCGGGCUGUCCCAGCACUGACAAGAGCGAGGUGUAAAGGAACUACACGACGGGAGGCACAGAUCUCGACAACCUUCAGAUCUGACAGACCCUCGUCUUGACCGUCGCACCCAGUCCAAACGGGUGUGUGCGCGUCUGUAGUUGGAGGAAAACACUCGUGCUAAAGGAACAGUCUGAGUUAUGUAACCUCGCGCUGCGCCCGAACACAGGCGUUGGCAAAACGAGGAGCGUGAUUUUUAAAAAAAGUGCCUUCUGUGAGAUUAUUGCUGGGGGGGAUUGAGCCUGAAAAUACUUGAAAAAUGUUGUCUACAGCCUUUCUUUGCUCCUUACUCCGUAAAAGGCUUUAUAUCAUAUUUUCCUCUCACGGGCCUAGAUCAGUAAAGCCCGUGUCGUCACAUUUCCUCAGCCACUACGACGUACUACUACUACUACUACUAUUACUACUCCUACUCCAAUGUCUUUAGCAACUACACAACCUCGUGGCGCCGGCCCCAAACCUGUGCAAACAAGUUGUUUUGGAGAAAGAAAGAAAAAAAACACUGGACUUACCUCACUCUCUUUUACUACACCAUCCACCUCUUUACUCUACAAACUCCCCUCCCUCCCUGGUUCACGUGUCGUACUGUAAACAAACACACGCAAAGGCUUUAGGGCGCGACCACUGCUUCACUUCACACCCUGAAUGCACACCACAAUGCAAAACUGAAAAAAACAAAACAAGAAAAAACACAACAUCCUCUGCUCUUCAACUCAAUUGUUUUUCAUAUUUUUUUAUUUUUUUGUAACACAGUGCCUCACAAAGGGUCUUAAAAAAGAAAGAAUUGUACAUAAUAACAAUAUUUAUUAUAAUAUUGCUGUUAACUCUCACACUUUUGAUGAGGUUUUUUGGUCACAGAAAUUAUUUAUUUAUUUAUAAGAGAGAGAGAUUUUGUUUUGUGUUUUUUUUGUGGGCUGUAUGUAUAUGUAUAUGUGUGUGUGUAUACAUAUAUAUACAUAUAUAUAUAUAUAUAUACAUAUAUUUCAUUCCACAGUCACUGAAGGGCACAGAUUAUUUAAAAAAAGACAAAACAAUUGUUUUUUUUAAAUUAUUUUGAGGAGAAAAAAAGAGCAGACGUGUGUGUUUGUGUAAUGUAAAUAACGUGUAAUUAGUCCCGGACGAAAACCACUUCCUUGUUAAAUAUGUAUGUAAACAGUGAACAUCUACUGAUGAUGGUAACUGCUUUUGUUACGCUGUGUCGUCUGCUGUUGGAGCGACUGUAAGUGUGUGUGUCUGUGUGAGAAUGAGAAAACUCUGCUGGUUGCAUGACUGCUGCUUGGAUUGUUAUUGUUUCUUUUCCACCCAUUCAAGAAAUUAGAAUUGUAAAUUAUGCUAGAAACUAUUUUUAUAAGAUUUUCAAUAAAUAUUGUUUUUUAAACUAUGA